AUGAAGGCGACACCAGUCCGUCGUAACUCCGACAGCAUGCGGUCAGAUGACAUCUUGCGUUCUGUCUACGGCAUGCCGACAACGGAGCAACCCACACUGGUGCCCAGUGCUGCUGCUGUUAGGCCAGCCACUACACCCAAGACGCCCACCACUCCCCAGCGUGUUCUUCCAACCCGCCUACCGCCGCUGGUUAACCUAGACCACAUUACGCCCUUCACACCCUCCGCGGCACCAAAGUUU